AGGCAACUACUACCAAUGUUUCAACCUUUCUAUGUGCUUAAAAGAGAGAGGGUUGAGUGAGACGCCGCGGGUGGGUGGUCAAGUUGGGACUAUUUGGCGCUACAUUCCUCCAUGAAAUUACAGGUGAAAUUGAUGUCCAUUAACUCAGAGCCUAGCUUGCUAGCUACCUUGUACCUUACUUGAGUAAACAAGAAAUUUUUCUUUGGUUCUUCUGUUGUCGACUAUGAAUACAUUAGAUAGAGUGAACAAUGAAUUAUAUAAUCCAACCCAAUCCAAGAAACUAUAGGCAAGAAAACCUCCAUUUCCUCCUACCUUAGCAAGCAACAUUAUUUGUUCUUUUCUUUUCUUUAUGAUGAUGUUUGGGGUAAGAAGAAGAAGAGUAAUGAACCAAUUUGGCGGUUGAUGAUCGAUGCUAGCAGAAGGGAUGAUAUGCGAGAAGGGUUUUGUUCCAUGAUUAAGUUGAGCUGAUGAGAGUACAUCCGUGGCACCUUUUGUCCGCUCUCCUGCAAAGACUUCCAACAUUAAGAUUUUGCAUUCUAUUACUUUCUCCGUCCCAAAAUGUAUACCAUGUUUAGAUUUUUAUUUUUAGUACAAGUUGUACAAGAAAUAAAAACUCCAACUGGAUAAUCAUUUCGAGACGGAGAGAGUAAGUCAUUACUCAAUGAUGCAAAAAUUAUUAGAGAUGUUGGGGGUCUUUGGGGAGAACACACAAAGUUUGUCAUGCUGCUUCCGUUGAACCAAGGAUUUGUAUAUGCUAAAUGUUUCACUAUAUCGUUCUAAUUUCAUGGGAUUUUACUAGACUUGCAAAAUAUUUGAAUCAAAUGAACAAGCAUAAAUAAGGGGGGGUAUGAAGUGAAAUAUUUUAGGUGCGAGGGUUUUCAGUCUCAAUUUCCGUUUUCUAAAAAAACACCAAAAAAAAAAAACAAAAACAAAAACAAAAACAAAAACAAAACAAAUAUUCAUGGCCUGCAGUAACGUAGGGAUCUUAUCCAUGAAUCUACUUGAUUUUUCUUUUUCUUUUUUUUUCUUUUCAUCCCUUAUCAAAUUUGAUCAUUCUCCAUGGGUAGUUCGUUCAGUCUCCCUCAGUUAUCUUCAAACUUUGAAGUGCAAUGAAUGAAUUGAGUGUGCAAUUUUUUUGUUGUUGAUACUUCAUUUCAGUUCCCAUGGAAGCAAUCACUUUCUUGCAGUACUUCAAACCAUCAGCAACGUCAUCAUUUCUUCAACAAUUUCCAGCAUCAUCAUUGUCCAAUAAAAAGUUGCUGAAUUUCAGCAGCAUAUCAAGUUCUAUUGCAGAGGUCGAUGUUGCAUUCUUCAGCCAUUCUAAUUACAACGGUGAUAGACCUGAUGGUUAUGGUGACUCGGGAAAGCAAGAGCUGAAUUCACUUGGUGUAGUCAAAGCAGGGCAUGCCCAGAUCAUAAAAAUGUCCAAGGAGUGGACAUCAGAUGACAAAAUCCAAUCUUUGAUCGUUUCUUACUUGGAAUUUGGAGAUUUCUAUUCUGCUUCUGGGCUGUUCUUGUUGGACUAUGCCCAGAAUUAUCUCUGUUGGAACUCAUUCCUGGAUGAAUUCAGCGCUUUUGGUGGGGACCCUUUUGAGAUUCUCAAGGUUUUUGGUGAUCUGAGUAAUAAAGGAGUGAAAUUUGACAGCAAAAUCCUCACUUUGCUUCUUAAAAUUUGUGGGAAUUUGAUGGAUGAUUCUUGGUUGGGCUGCGCGGUUCAUGCUUGUGUUAUUAAGAGAGGCUUGGACUUAGAUGUCCAUGUAAAAUGUGCAAUGAUGAACUUCUAUGGAAAAUGUUGGGGCACAGAGAUAGCUAAUCAAGCCUUCUUUGAAACAUCAAAUCCUGAUUCUUUGUUAUGGAAUGAAGCUGUUUUGGUAAACUUAAGAAAUGAGGAAUGGGCUCAAGGUUUGAAACUGUUUGGUGAAAUGCAGCAUUCGUUUCUAAGCUGCACUACCAAAAGCAAGAAAGUUAACACAUUUGUGGUUGCUAAAGUUUUGCAUGCUUGUGCAAAAUUGGGAGCCAUUCAUGAAGGAAAACAGAUUCAUGGGUACGUUAUACGUAAUUUGCUGCAAUCUUCUUCAAAUGCAUUUAUUAGCAAUUCGCUGAUUAACAUGUACAUGAAAUGUAAUGAGCCUGAAUUCGCAAGACUAGUUUUUGACUCAAUGAAUGAGCAUGAUUUGUCCUCAUGGAACUCAAUCAUAUCAGGUUAUAGUGCGCUCGGUAAUCUGAAUGAAGCAAUGAGGUUAUUUCGCGAUAUGCAGGAAGAUUCAGAAAUUAGGCCAGAUAUAGUUACCUGGAAUUGCAUUUUGUCAGGACAUUUUGCUUCAGGAUUUCAUCAAGAAGUUUUAAGAAUCCUUGAGAAGAUGCAAAUUGCAAGGUUUAGACCAAACACAGGCACGAUAACUGUUGCUCUUCAAGCAGUAUCUGAAUUAGGAUUGUUGAGGUUCGGAAAGGAAAUCCACUGCUUUCUCCUGAGAAAUGGCCUAGAGCAUGAUCUUCAUGUAGGUACUUCACUGCUUGACAUGUAUGUAAAGAAUGAUAAGUUAAUUAAUGCUCGGACCAUUUUUAACAAUAUGAUCAAUAGGAACAUUUUUGCAUGGAAUUGCAUGAUUUCUGGAUACGUUUCCAGGGGUUUUCUUGAUGAAGCAUUAGAUCUUUUGGUACACAUGAAAAAAGAAGGUCUUCAACCUGAUUUAGUCACUUACAAUACACUAGUUUCUGGAUACGCAAAUUCAGGUUUUGUUCAGGAAGCUUUGGCAACGAUUCAUCAGAUUGAACUUUCUGGUUUUACUCCUAAUGUCGUGUCAUGGACUGCUCUUAUAUCAGGCUGUACACAGAGUGGAUACUUUGAAGAUGCACUUAAGUAUUCCAUUGAGAUGCAAAAGGCAGGUCUGAAACCAAACUCGGCAACCCUUGCAAGUUUAUUGAGAGCCAGUUCAGGGCUCGCCCUUUUGCAGAAAGGUAAAGAGUUGCACAACAUUUGUAUUAGAAACGGUUUUUCUGAGGAUUUUUUUGUGGCGACAGCACUUAUUGACAUGUACUGCAAGUGUGGAAGCUUAAAGAGUGGCUACGACGUGUUCAGGAAGAUUGAGAUCAACAAAAGAUCUGUUUCCUGUUGGAAUUCCAUGAUUGGAGGACUGGCAAUGUAUAGUCGCAGGAGAGAGGCAAUUUUGCUCUUUCAUCAAAUGCUUGAAGCAAAUAUCAAGCCGGAUUCUAGGACAUUCACAGCUCUCCUCUCUGGCUGCAAAAAUUCUAGCCUCAUCGAUGAGGGAUGGAAAUAUUUCGAUAGUAUGAAGAUUCAUUAUGAUAUAACCCCUACCAUAGAGCAUUACUCUUGCAUGGUUGAUUUACUUGGAAAGGCCGGUUAUCUUGAUGAAGCAUGGGAUUUGAUUCAUAAAAUGCCAAUGAAGCCAGAUGCCUCAGUUUGGGGUGCAUUUUUAGCAUCCUGUCGAAGCCACAAAGAUUUAGAACUUGGAAAAAUUGCAGCAGAAAAGCUUUUCAAACUAGAACCCUAUAAUGCAGCUAACUAUGUGUUGCUUAUGAAUUUAUAUUCAGAUGUAAACAGGUGGAGUGAUGUGCAACGGAUCAAAGAUUUGAUGGAAGUUAAAGGGAUCAAAGUAGGCCCUGUGUGGAGCUGGAUCCGAGUCAAUAAAAUGGUUCAUGUAUUUUAUGCUGUAGGAAAGCCACAUCCAGAUGAAGGUGAGAUUCUUUUUGAGUUGUAUCAGCUGAUGUCAGAGAUGAAGAUGAGUCUGGGAUAUGUUCCAGCUACUGAAUGUGUGAUCCAAAACAUUGACGAGGAGGAAAAGAAGAAGAUUCUGCUUCGCCACACAGAAAAAUUGGCCAUCACGUACGGAUUAAUCCAUUCAAAAAAUAAUGCAACACCAGUGCGGGUGAUCAAGAACUCGAGAACCUGUGCAGACUGUCACACAGUGGCAAAAUUUAUGUCCAAAUUGAGAGGCCGAGAUAUCAUCCUCAGAGAUGGAAAAGGUUUUCAUCAUUUCUCCAACGGCCAAUGCUCAUGCAAUGAUUUUGGGUGAUGUUUGUUUUUACUCUGAUCCAACAAGCUGAGUUUCAGUGAAAACUCCUGGAGAAUCAAUAAAAUAGAGCAUGUUGCAGUAGGAAGAAAGUUAAUCCAGUAGGUAAAUGUUAAUGCUGCAGAUAGAAUAUGGCCAGAUAGGUAAGAUUUCAGAGCGUCCUGAUUCAAUUCGAGUAUCUAUCCUUUUCUUUUGGAGUUAGUAAUUUUUGUUCAUUAUUAUUCUUUGGUUGAAAUGUAUAAUGUUACACAUAGAUAAUGCAGCACACAUAGUGGUUCUUGAACAUCAUAAUUCUGUCUAAUGUACAAUGUAUACAGAAUAAUUCUC